UUAAAGAUUACGCAGUCUUGGUCGCUCCAUGUAGUCAUGUCGAGCCGAAAAAAGUUGAACCAAGAAAGCGACGAAAAGGAUAAAUAUACCGUGUUAUUGCCGACUUAUAACGAGAGAGAAAAUCUGCCUUUAAUCAUCUGGCUGUUGGUGAAAUACUUUAACGACAGUGGCUAUGACUAUGAGAUAAUUGUCAUUGAUGACGGAAGCCCAGAUGGGACACAGGAGGUGGCAGAACAGCUGCAGAAAAUAUAUGGAGAAGAUGUAAUAGUUCUAAGACCAAGACCAAUGAAAUUGGGUCUGGGCACUGCUUACAUCCACGGCAUGAAGCACGCUACAGGGAACUUCAUUUUCCUAAUGGAUGCCGAUCUCUCUCAUCAUCCAAAAUUUAUCCCACAAUUUAUAGAAAAGCAGAAGGAAGGUGAUUAUGACCUGGUGUCUGGAACUCGAUACAAAGGAAAUGGGGGCGUCUAUGGCUGGGACCUGCGUAGGAAAAUCAUCAGUCGAGGUGCCAACUUUUUGACUCAAGUGCUUUUGAGACCGGGUGCAUCAGACCUCACUGGCAGCUUCAGGCUAUACAAGAAGAAGGUGUUUCAGUGUGUGAUUGCACGGUGUGUGUCCAAAGGUUACGUCUUUCACAUGGAGGUGAUCAUUCGUGCCAGACAGCUCAAUUACACCAUCGGAGAAGUGCCAAUUACCUUUGUGGAUCGACUUUAUGGAGAGUCCAAACUGGGAGGAAAUGAGAUUGUAUCUUUCCUGAAGGGACUGCUCACACUUUUUGCCACAACUUGACCUAACAGACGUUGCAUUGUUCUACUGUUACGGAUUAUGUGUCUCACAUGAAUUUUCUGUCCUUGUAGCUGUAUUAAGAAAUACAGUGGAGAAGAAGCUGAGGUUGCCUUUCAUCAGAGGGCAGCAUAAACUUUGAUUAAAAAUGUAGCCAGCUCAACCUGUCAGCAUGAAAUAGAAAACGUUUUCUUUGUAGCUAUCAGGGGAAAGUGAAAGGGUAUUCUGCUUUACAUUCCUAUUGUCCUCCAUAAAAGGAUUCCCAUCAUUCCAACUCUAGACACCUGAACUGUGAAAUAACCCAACAGUUACAGUGAUUUCAGUUCUGAUAGGCCUGUAAUUGUGCAAAAUUAAAAAUGUGUGUUGGCUGAUUAUGCUGGUCUUUGUUUUUCCUUUGCUCCCCCCCCCCUUUCCCCAAAUUAUGUGUUUUAGCAUGGGCCUACUAGUCCCAGCUUUAAAUGUUAUAAUGUUAUUGUUGACCAUAUGACAGGAUUUGGUCUUACUUGGUACAAAACAGAAAAUACUUUCCCCUGUCAAGUUAACAGGUAAAAUAAUCUGCUCUUGAGUUUCAGUUCAGUUGAUUUACGCAGCAGCACCAAAGCAGAACAGGUUACCUCCAGGUGCAUGAUGCAGAAGUGAUGUCUAUCCAGCCUUUAUCAGAGAGUGGUCAGUGAGUAUAUUGGUAAAAUAUCACUUUUUAAAUUAAUAUCAUAUUCUGACGUGUUUCCCAUACUGUUUAAAAACAACUCUAAAGUCUAAUAGAUUGGACCAUAUAUGUGACUGAGUAAGCAAAGCUACAGUAUUUAUUCCAUUAACACCCCGAGGGCCUGCAGUUUUCGUGAAGGGGUGUUUACUGACAAUCGUUUGCGUGCAUGCUGCACAGUACAGCCUUAUAAUAUAUAUGGACAUGCAUACUGCAGGCAAGAGAAGCAACGCAGACCUGAAACAAAUGUUUUUUCUGCAUGCAGUAGCUGCUAUACAAUUUCAUAAAAUGGCUCAGUACAAACAUUGCUGCUCGGCAGCAUUCUAUCUAAAAGUCAUGAGAGAAGGGGAUGCACCAUGCUGCUCGAAUUUUCCUAGUCGACAGGAAACACAUCCAGGAGUCGUGUAGGAACAAGGAUAAGCUUACAGCCCUAGCCGAAACAGCAAAAUGGCUUCCUGGUGUGGGGAGGAAAGUGUGUUAUGAGGACACUGAAAAGAAGCUGAUGAAAUGGUUCAAGGAGAACAGCAGGUGUUUCCGUGACAGGAAAGAUUCUGAAAUAUGAGGCACUGCUACUACAUAAGCAACAUGGAAACCAGAACAGACUUGAUGAGAUUUUGUGGCAAUGAGGUAGGACUGUUACAUUUUACUCUGUUCUCUCAGGAAUUCACAAUUUCAGUACAUGCAGUGUGCCCCCAAAAAAAAAUCAGGGAGGAGGUUUAAUAGGAUGGGGGCCUUUAAUGGAGUAAAUAUGGUAUUUGUAAAGCUGUCAAUAUUAGGUUGUAAUGUACUCUUGGAGUAGUAAGCAGACCUAUUAGUUCUGGAUAUUUGGCGGUCAAUGUGCACUGGUCUAGAUCUUACCCACCCCAUGAACCAGCACAUUAGUGACAGUGGUAAUGGGAAACUCUUCAUUGAUUUUCAUUACAGGAAGAAAUUUGAAACAGCCCAGAUUCAAUGAGGUGUGGCCAUUCGGUGAACAAAAAUCCCUGAACUACACGGAGGGACGUGAUGAAUGACCUGCAGAGAGCUGGGACCAAAGUAACAAAGGCUACAUAUUACGCAGAGAGGGACUCAAAUCCUGCAGUGCCAGAC